GCCGCCGAGGGGUAUGGCCGUGUGGCUAGUCGCGAUCCCGAUUAAUAACCAGUGGAUCCGUCGGGAGCAUGGCCUCGUCUCGCGGAAACUGAGAGAAACCCCCGACCGCGGUCCCGAGCGAGCCGAAACCCGGUGCACUAUGUUAACCCAGAGGAAGAGCGACACCAUGGGGAAAUUAGAAGGCAAACGGCCAAAGGAACUGAUGUCGUCUUCCAGCCUUUCCGGCAUGUCCCAGUUGUCCAACAGUAGCGAGGAGACGUUGGAGCCGUUCGUACACAAGCCCCACGCUUCGAAAAAAACAGACAGCGCAACGAAAGAUAAAAGUCCGCCGAAGAACGAGUGGCUGUUAAAUGGACCAAGUGGCAGCAAAACGUCGGUCUUGCGUUUCAAGUGCUCGGCGCUCGCCACCCCUCCGGAACAACCCCCGGCCAAACAGUUGCACAUGACGUACAAGAUCUUUCAAACCGACACCAAGCUUAUCAAUCUGCUCCUCCAGUCCCACGGAUUCGCCGAAGUCCCAAUGAACGAAACGGAUUUCAACCUCCUCUGGAUGGGAAACCAUCCCAAACCCGACGUUCUCCGCAGUCUAAAUGCCCACCAGAAAGUGAAUCAUUUUCCAAGGUCGUACGAGAUAACUCGCAAGGACCGCCUGUACAAAAAUAUCGAAGCCAUGCAGAGAAGUAAGGGCGUGCGAAAUUUGGACUUUAUUCCGCAAACGUUCCUCCUGCCCGGCGAGUCGAGAGAAUUGCUGACUGCACAUUUCAGGUAUCGCGGACCGUGGAUAGUCAAACCAAAAGCAAGCUCCCGCGGCCGCGGUAUUUACAUUGUUAACAAUCCGGAAAAAAUCCUGACCGACGAGUCGGUGAUCGUUGCCCAGUACAUAAACAAUCCUCUGCUGGUCGAUGGCCACAAAUGCGACUUGCGCCUUUACGUUGCAGUUACUAAUUACGAUCCGCUUCUUAUAUACUUGUACGAGGAAGGUCUGGUACGAUUUGCCACCGUAAAGUACGAGGGAGGGAACCAGUACAUCUGGAACCCCUGUAUGCACCUCUGCAACUACAGCAUCAACAAGUUCCACGUUGACUACGUCAAGAGCGAAGAUCCCGAUGCGGAGGACGUUGGACACAAGUGGACCUUGUCGGCAUUGUUGAGGCACUUGAGGUCGAUUGGUCAGGAUACGGAGCAGCUCAUGCAACGCAUAGAAGAUAUUAUUAUUAAAUCUAUUCUCGCCACCGCAGGUGGCAUUGUUAGCGGCGUUAAGCAAUUUGUUAAGCAUCCGGAUACGUGUUUCGAAUUAUUCGGUUUCGAUAUUCUCAUCGACGAUACCUUGAAGCCUUGGCUACUGGAAGUCAAUCUUACUCCCUCAUUGGGUUGUGAUUCACCGUUGGAUGUCAGAUUGAAGUCGGCAUUGAUGACGGAUUUGCUCACUCUCGUGGGGAUUCCCGCGAUCGACCCAAUUCUGCGGCCUCAGAGCACCCACCAAAACAGGACCGUUGUUAAUCCAGCUAAAAAAAUGAUCAGUUAUAGGAGAGUUCAUUCGGCGGAGACUUUGAGCCAGAAGAAAAAGCCAGCGAGCAAAAGUAACAUGACAAAGUCGACGCUCAAUUCGGAGCAACAAAGAAUAGUUUCCUCGGCGAAAGCUCAGUUUGAGCGCAGAGGAGGAUUCGUUCGCAUAUUUCCCAGUCCUAGGUCCUGGGAGAUAUACUCUCAGUAUUUAGACCCUGUAACAGGGAUUCCUGUCGCUUCGGAUCCUUUGGGUCCUGGAAGAGUACCGCAGCAGAUCAAUUCCAAUCACAAUCUCAUGCUGCACGAACAGCUGUUUCCAGCUGCCAAUCGUACGACGGGGUUUAUCAUACCCGAAGUAACCCUGGACAGAUUGUCAAGGUACGAAAGGUACGAAAGAGCUCUAGUGAAAGGUCAUAAACAGAGUCUGGACCGCGGCGACAGUAAGGAAAAUAUGGAUGUAGAUACGCACAAGUAUAAGGUUCAAGUAAUGCAAAUGAUGCAAGAAGGAAACAAGCUCAGUCCAGGGGAAGCGAGGAAAGCAUUUGGCUUAUAUUUAGGAUAUAUAUUGCGGAAGAUAUCGCAGCCGAAUGCCGAUCCAGCCUGCUGCGAGCUCGUUACGAAGUUCCUCCAACAAUCGUCCAGUAACUUGCGAACCCCCUUUUUAUUUACCUUACCUAGCAGCAAAUUGGGCGACAAAGAUCGGGCUGCAAUAACUGCUAAGCAGUUGUCGGACUUCUUACAUCUGUAUAACAGAGAAACGGACCUUUACGCGGACACCGUCGACCGACCGCGGACAGUCCCUAAUAGACUCUUCCAAAAAUUCCUUGCAUACGCAAGCGAGGAGGACCUCGACGACGUCCUGAUUCUGCAGACGAGGCUGUACAACUGCGCCCACAGCUUCUUGGGCAGAAGCGGAUUUGCCGGCAGCCUUCGAGGACCCAAUCUUCUGGGUUCUCUUCCGCACAUCACGUCAAGGGUGCACUCGAAUGCAACAAUGACCGAGCAAUGCAAGUGCAAUCAGUCCAACAGUAGGCCAAACAAAGCACCGCGCACGUAACUCCACGGUUGUUUAAUCGCGAGCGUAUCUCCUCUUGGACCGCUUUUCUUCACCGAGUGCAUUAACGAUUGCGCUUCUAAUUGCACUUCCCUGAAGUCCCUGCAAUUAGAAUCGCAAUCGUUAAUGCAGUCGGUUAAUCGUAGGAAAGACGAGUUAACGACUUACAAAGUAAGUGCGUUGACCUUCCGUCAGGGCUCCAGAAGGAAGUCAAUACUCGCCCUGAUAAUUGUGCGUUGAACGCAAGGCCGACAUGAAUUUUCAUGAACUAGUCUAGAAUCUCCGAUUCAGGGUCGUCUAGGGAACCUUAUGGAAACCCUGGAAAAUGGAGUAAGACAAUUUUCCAAGGACACUCUGAGUGAUCGGUGACGCUUCUGCGCUUCUUUCGAGCCUUACUCGCCAAUAGAAUCGCAGUGAUUUGCGCUAGAAUUAUGCAUUUUCAGUGUUCUCAGUCAACGAAGAGUUCGUAGCUCGAUUCGUGUUCCGACUUCACAUUUUCCGAUCCUCUUGCGAUAUUUAAAUAAUUAUAACUGGCUCGACCGAGUCUUUGGAAUGCUAUCGAAUCGCUUUUUCCGCAAAAUGGCGUCUGUAUGCCGAUCCGUGAAAUCUUGCAAUGGAUGUCCGUGAAGCUUAUAUCGUUACGAGAAAUAUUUUGGAUACAGCUUAUAGCGUAAUCUAGUUAAUUAACGCACUUACGCAGGCCUACAGGAUUAAAGAUCUCGCACUGUAAAUAGGUGCAGUAGUGAUACGCUCGUCGUCGCUAUUAUCACAACGAUACUGAGAUUCUAAUAUAUUUCGAUAGACGAGGUUCCUAUUUACAAUGUUUUCUUCCGUUUAUUAAUUUUCUUCUUUAUUUACAUUUUGCUAACGUUAAAGGAACGCUACCAUAAACUGCCUUGUUUCGCUUCUAGUCAUGGCAGAGGUAACGAGCUAUAUGAAUACUUUGACUAAACCAUUCUGUAAAUGUUAUUGCAAACCGUUCGAUCUAUUUGCAUAAGGUCCGUCUAAACCGAAUUAUUAUUUCCGGAGGUGUCUAGUAAACCGGCUGACGUUAUAGCGCCGGGUAUUAUUUUCGUUAUAAAAGUAAUUUAUACUUAUAUACAUAUUUAUUGAGUUCCUGCAUAAGACUAGUACUGCACAGUCUAGGUAUUACCGAGUUGCGUUCUUGUGCAUGUAAAUAACGUUUCAAAGUACAAUACUCCACCGCCGGUGUGCCGGCGACAAUUCGGUGCACUCUCCGAAUCGCAAGUGAACUUAAUAGUGUAAAUUUUCACUUAAUCGAAUGAUAUUCGUGUGCAAUCGUUCAUUGGGCUACGGAGGUGCAACUAGAGUAAGCGAACUAGGGCGUAACGCUGCAUUCGAUGUACAGGGAGUUAUUUAUCUAAAUCGGAAUAUGCUGACUCAAUUCCGCAUAUCCACAUCCAUCCAUGGAAUUCCGUCUACAUUUGAUGCGGUAACUAGGACUUUUUCUUACUUUUUUUAUCCCUAGCGAUGCUUGGCUUCGCCGCUUUUUCAGCAACCAGUACGUCGCAAACACCCGAGCCAUUUACGCUUGUUUACCCCCCGAUUUGCACAUUGUGAUGCAAGCAUGUAUUUUGACUCCCGAUCGUCAAGAGCUCUAAAAAUUGUUUAAACUGAUUCAGGCAGCUAUGAAACGGUUACUUGUGAUGCAUUUUUAAUCGCGCGUAUGCUUAUAGUAUAAUGUUUUAACAUUUCAUGGCACAACUACGAGAUUAACGUUAACCGGCGAAAAGAUAAGCGCGUGUCAAUUCUUUCAGGUCUGUCGGCGAUCGUUUUAAAAUGCGUCGAAUGUCGGCCGGCAGAAUUAUUUUAUUAAAUUUUAAAAAGCUGCGACGACGUUUCAGAGUGCACUGAGGACUUUGACACGGGCUUAUCCGAAAGCGAAAGGCGAGCGCAACAAUUGUACACUAAUUUAGCCUUAUCUAACAUAGGGAAGCCGCAGGGAAAUCGCGAUUACAUGGAAUUAUCGUAAUUUUGCAACGAACGUGUCUAAAGACAUCCGUCUACUUGCGUUUUUAUUUAUUAGAAUAACGUGUAUAUAUAUUACUACGUUUUCAUUCGAUUAUUGUUGUUACUUGUGUACUUAUAUUUUGCACUGAUCAUCCUCGGUCGAACCAUACGACGGGGGUGGUACUUUUCUUUCUGUCAUAAUUGACAGCUCGCAAUUAUUAGAUUGUAUAUUAAUUUUAGGAACAUUGUCGCGUCAAUUGCGAUAGGGUGCAAUAAUUCCACUAGCUUGGCUUAUGGAAAAAUUCGAAACUUGUCAGUGUUUGUAACUUAGGCAUCCUCGUUUCUAAUUAAUAGCAAUUGAAAUGACAAUGUGAUUCUAUUUAACGGAUUAUUUAUGGAAAAAAAAAAAGGUAAUGCAUGUUCGUUAUCCGUUUCGCUCUUCGAUUGUGUGUUCGUAAUCGUGUCAAAUAAUUUUACACGCUCGGUUGAAAUAAUUGCGAAUCACGUCCCAGACUGCCUUUUAUCGCAUAAAUUGUUAAGCGACUAGAACAACCCACGUGACUGAAUAAUGUCAACUCCAGUUGUAAAACAUGACACGUUCAAUCCAUGAAUUCUCAACCACGAAUGACAGGAGGUUAAACAGCUUUCCUUUAUGCAGACGUUCGUGUUAUUUCAAAGUGAUAAUAAUGUAAAGAAUUAAUAUUACUCACGUGAUCGGAUUAAAAGCAAUUUCAACGUCGUAUCCGUCCCUGCUUAAAAAAAGGCAUUGCGUUAAAUAAUGAGACAACAUCGUAUCGGUGGUUCUAGCUGGGAAGAGAUAAAAAAUCUCAGUGCUCUCGCGCAACGCGUCGUACUUAUAUCCGACUGUGUACAGUAUCUCAAGCAGGGAAGAGAACUUACGUUUAAAUAAAUUAUUGAAAGUCGAUACCUCCGCGGCAUGUUCUUACGAGUAACGAAGACGUACAGGAUGUGCAGCGCACCCUUCCACCUGUGAUCUGUAAAACUUGCUAGUCAGCUUAUGCAUCUACUAAUGUAAUAAAAGGGAAAAAAAAAGGUCAUUACGCGGACAGCAUAAUCCCGUUGUCAACGACUCGACAGAGGCAAUCAGCAAAUUUACGAUCCGGUCUAACCGUACUUAAGAUAAUCGAGUUAAGUGUAGAGAAUCUCUUCCAAAGUCGAGAACGCGGACGAGCAACGACCGGCGGCAAAUUCGACUCGUUUUCAUUAUUUUCAUUAUUUAAAUCCGAGUCAGAAUUUACCAGCGGUUGUUACGACGUCCGGGUUUUCCUACAAUCUCUUGUAAUUUUACCGAUUUAAAUUAGGUUAAGCAUUAAGGAGCGCGCGCGCCUAAUGUCAAAGCAUAUUUUUCCCAUUGUAUCGUAACGGAUUCGAAAUAAAAAUGGAAACGAGUAAAUUCGAA